AAAUAAACCAUCAAAAUGUUCAAAUCCGCUAUUGUCAUCCUGGCCAUCGUUGCUUGUGUUGCCGCCAAACCAGGACUCCUGGGUGCUCCUCUGGCAUAUACCGCUCCUCUAGCCUACACUGCCCCCGCAGCUGUCGUGGCUGCUCCUGCUUCAGUCGUAACAGCCACCAGUAGCCAGGUGAUCGCCAGGAACUUCAAUGGAAUCGCUGCUGCUCCAGUGAUUGCUCCCGUAGCUGCUCCAGUGGUCGCAAAGUAUACAGCUGCCCCUUUGGCCGCUCCAUUGGCCUAUUCUUCCCCUCUAGCUUACUCCGCACCACUGACCUACGCCGCUGCUCCUGCACCUCUCCUAGCAGAGCUGGGCAGUGUUUUGGGUAUAAAUAUGCGCCUCCAAGAGCAGUUGGAUAUCAAACAGUUUCUAGCCUUCCGAAGAAGCAAACAAAGAAAUAUAUCCAACAUGUUCAAAUUCGCCGUUGUUGUCCUCGCUCUUGUUGCCUGCGUAGCUGCCAAACCAGGACUCAUUGGUGCUCCUCUGGCCUACACUUCCCCGCUGGCUUAUACCGCUCCUCUGGCCUACACUGCUCCAGCUGCAGUAGUGGCUGCUCCUGCUCCAGUCGUGACCGCCACCAGUAGCCAGGUGAUCGCCAGGAACUACAAUGGAAUCGCUGCUGCUCCAGUCAUUGCUCCCGUGGCUGCUCCAGUAGUUGCCAAAUACGCAGCAUCUCCUCUGGCUGCUCCAUUGGCCUAUUCUUCCCCUCUGGCUUACUCGGCACCACUUAGCUACGCCGCUGCUCCCGCACCACUCCUCAUCUGAACUUCUAAACUGUGAUCACUUAGGACAAUAAAAAUUUAGAAAGAA